AUGCCGCAUCCACAGGUGUCUGCUGUUCUCUUCGACAUGGAUGGUCUGAUGAUCGAUUCGGAACGGCUGUACACUGUGGCAACGAACGAAGUGCUAGAGCCGUACGGGAAGAGCUUGACGUGGGAGAUCAAAGUCGACUUAAUGGGGCGACCGGCGCACGAGUCGGCGGCGCGGCUGAUCGCGGCGACGGGCAUCCCUCUAUCAGUCGACGAGUUGCUUUCGACGAUGGACAAGAAGCUGGAUCGCCUGUUCCGAACAGUCGAACCUCUUCCGGGCGUCAUCAAGCUCGUGCAUCACCUCGAGAAGCACAAGGUCCCGAUGGCGAUCGCAACCGGCUCAAAGAAGAAGAACUUCUUGAUAAAGUCUGCGCACCUCGGCCACCUCUUCGAUUGCUUCUCGACCAACAUUCUCUGCGGCGACGACCCUAUUCUCGAGGGCAAGGGCAAGCCGGAUCCGACCAUCUUUAUCGAGGCGGCGAAGAUGCUCGGCAUCAACACGCCGGAAGAGCGGAAAAAGGUUCUCGUCUUCGAGGACGGCGUCUCGGGGGUGCAGGCCGCGCGAGCAGCAGGCAUGGAAGUCGUCUGGAUCCCCGACCCCGAACUGCUCAACACCCUCGGAGACCACAAUCUAGACCCUUCGCACCAGCACAGCUCGAUGGAGGACUUUGACCCGGGAGCUUGGGGUUUGCCGCCGUAUGACGAGUAG